ACUAGAACAGAAGCAAACGGGCCCACUGUUUUUCACCUCCUAUAUAACCACCGCCUUCUUCGCCUCUGCUCUGUAGCUUGCUCUCUCUUUCUCUCUCUUCGAGCCUCGAAUCAGUCGCUAGCUCUACUUCGAAUGCUCUCACUCCUUCUCAACCUUCGAAAACCCUCGAACCUUGAUUUCACUGUACCAGAUCGAUACGUUACAUCUGCAAAUCUCAGUGUUUGAUUUUGUAUCUGAUCGAUUUUGGGCGAGGCAAUUUGAUGUCCCGUGCGAUUAUCGCUGAUGAUCCAUUUCAUUGAUGUUUGGCUGAAGUUGAAGGCACAAUUCUGAGACAGCAUGGGGUUUGAUAAUGAGUGCAUACUAAAUAUUCAGUGUCUUGCUGGAGAGUACUUUUGCCCUGUUUGUCGCCUACUCGUCUACCCAGAUGAAGCACUUCAGUCAAAGUGCACUCAUCUAUAUUGCAAACCAUGUUUGACAUACAUUGUGGGCACUACUCAGGCUUGCCCCUAUGAUGGAUACUUGGUGACGGAAGCAGAUUCGAAGCCUCUUGUAGAAUCCAACAAAGCACUGGCUGGAACUAUAGGCAAAAUAGCAGUUCAUUGUCUCUAUCUCAGGAGCGGAUGCCAAUGGCAGGGUCCUUUAUCUGAGUGUACUUCCCACUGCUCUGGUUGUGCCUUUGGAAACUCCCCAGUUAUAUGCAACAGGUGUGGAAUCCAAAUCGUGCAUCGUCAAGUGCAGGAACAUGCGCAGAUUUGUCCUGGUCUGCAACCUCAAGCACCACAGAUAGAGGGCGUGCAGGACAUUGCAGCCACAGCGACAUCAACUAAAGCCAAGCAGACCCAGACUGCUACUCAAUCUGGGGCAUCGACUUCUCAGGCCCAGACUUCACAAACUGUGGCUGCCCCUCCAGCUGGACAGGCCCCCAAUCUGCAGGUUAAUGCGAAUUCUCAGGUGCACGCUGUGGCUCCGUCUGCUGUGCCAACCCCUGAACAGUGGAAUCAACAGCAGUAUCAGCAAUACUACCAGCAGUAUCCUGGACAUGACCCUUAUCAGCAGUCUUAUCAAAGUUAUUACCCAAAUCAACAACAAUCAAUUCAGCAAUACCACCAACCUUCGGUCUACUCCCAACCCCAACCCCAACCCCAACUCCCAACCCAUAUUCUGCCUCAGCCACAAGUUCAGCCCCGGGCCCCUCUGGCCCAAAUUCAACCCCUGGCACAAAUUCAGCCUCAACCUCUUCACCAUGUUCAUACUCCGGUGGUUCCACAACAUCAACUUCACCCUGCGGUGCAACCCCCUUCUCAAAUGCAGUCACAGGCUCACCCUCCACAACCCCAUGGUCACUCCCAUCCCCUGUCCCAGCCUCAGCCAUAUGCUGGAGCUCAGCCGCACCCACAGCCGCAUCUAAUUCAGCCUCAUCCACAACAUGUGCUUGUGCCCCAGUAUCAGCAGCCUCAAUCUCAGAUGCAGCAUCCACAAAGACAAAGUCAGUCUCAAUCUCAACCCCUUCAACAAAUGCAGCCUCAAAUUCCCCCGCAAGCUCAGCCACAAGCCCAGCUUCCCCAUCCUCCACAACUCCAUCCCCUGCCUCAAAUCAAUCAGCCGGUGAAUCCAAAUGCUCAGCUGCAGACACAACACUCAAAUGCAGUUACAGGUCAUCAGUUGUAUUUACAACCUCAGGUUCACCAGCAAAUGCCGUUGGGAGCCCAACAACCCCCUCACAUGCAUCCCCAGGGUGGGUCUAUUCCUCAGCAUCCUAUCCAAAUGCCCAGCCAAUUCCCUCAGCAAACUGCUCAGAUGCGUCCGCCCCCAUCUCAUGCUCGAGUACCAAAUCAACAACAGCCUGUUUUGUUGCCUCCACAGGGUAAGGUUCCAAGCAUCCCUCCAGGGCAACCACAGUCAAUUCAUUCUCAUGCUCAGCAACCUGGCCAUCCAGGUCAGCAAUGCCCUAUUCUGCAGCCAAUUCAACAGCCAGUGCCUCAGCAACGUUUGCAACAUCAGCAACCAUUUCCAGGGCAAACAUCUGUUCCGGUUCAGAAUCAGUUGCAUCCACAUGGCCAUUUCAUACAGCAGCAGCAGCCUGUGAAGUCUCAGCUUUGUACUCAGGCCCCAUCUCAUUCGGCACAGCAAAAUGCUCUUACCUACAUGUCAUCACAGCAUAAUGUUGCACCAUUGCAUGGCUUGCCACUUCAUCAGUCUCAGAAUUUUGCUGCAAGACCAAUGGUACUGGAUCAUGCUGCACAAUCACAGCCCUUUUCACAAUCUCCUGCUGGAUUUGGUGGUGCAGCUCAAGUUAGGCCAAUGCAGCUUGGUGCAAACCAGCCUCUGACAAAUCAAAAUUAUCCUCCGAGGACCAACAAUCUACUGCAUAUAUCUUCUGAGCAACAAAUUGUCCAAACAGGGCUGCCCUUGAAGCCUACUGGGCUUGAGAGGCAGGGUGAUCAUAUGCCUGCAAAAAGUGAAGCUGAUAAAAAAGAUGGAUUAUCCGCUCAGAAAGAUGCGCAGGACUCAAGUGUGUUGAUUCCAACAUCUGGUCUUGGAGCUGAUUCAGUUGAAGUGAAAAUUUUCAAAUCUGAAACAAGUGUACAGAAACCUAUAGGUGGAGAUGAAGGUAAUGAUAGUAAGGUUAUGUAUGGCAAGGAUACGAACUUCAAGUUGCAUGCAGGGGAAAAUACUUCUGUGGAGCCUGCAAUCAGGCAUAUGGUUAAGAAAGAGGGUAAUGAGAGUUGGCUGCAGUCUUCACCUGAUGGUAAAUCUGUUGAAAUUGUAGCUGUGGAACACAAAGAUGCCACUGAUGUCUCUCAACGAGGGGAGCAUUCCACACCGAAUGAUACUUUAUUUCAACAAGCAGAAUCUUUCAAGGAACAGGGUGGGAAGUUAACAAAAGAUGCUGUCCCUGACAAUUCUGUUCAGUCUCAGACUCCUCUUACUGGUAGGGAUCUUGUACAGCAUGGUUCUCUGGAAAGAAAUUUGAGUCAAUCCCAACCUGCACCUCAAGGGCCUGGUGUUGAUGAAUUUAGGAGCUUCCCUUCAUAUGGUCAGAUGCAGGGCAUGGGCGUUAUGCAUUCUACUCAUCCUUUUCCACCAACUGAUCUAGGUAGGCAUCAACAUAUGCCAGUACAUUAUGGAGGUUCUACACAUCAACAAAGGCCUUCUGGGGCUACGAUGUUACAAUCAGCACUUCCUCCUGGACCCCCACAUCAUGCACAAAUGUUAGGGCAACCCCCUAAUGUGUCAAGGCCUCAAGGAACUGGUGAUUUACGUCCGCCAGGACAGCCUUUAAACCCACCUGAUCAUUUCCAGCCACCUGUGCUGAAGCAACCUCAUGGUUCUUUACAUCCUGAAUCUGCUUCUGGGGGAAUCCCAGGUCCAAGCUCAACAUCAUUUGGGAGGGAAGCUAGUCAUAUUGGUUGUCCUGAGAGAACUAUUGAACCACAAUCUGUUUCUCCUCAAGGGCAUUAUAAUCAAGGUCACGUGCCUCCUUUACAUGCUGGGCUCGCUAGAAUGUCUCAAUGUGAAAAUCCUGGUCCGCAGCAUCCUACUAAUCCAGUUGGAAGUGAAAUAUUUUCUACCCAAAGGUCCCAUCACUUGGAUGGCCGACAACAUGACUCCCAUUUGCCUGGCUCUUCUGAGAGGGCUCCAUUUGGACAGUCUUCUGGUAUUGAAUCACAUAAGAUGAGAAUGAAUGAGGCCGCAGAUAAUGAUUCCUCUUCUAAAUUUGGUUUGCAUGAUGAAAGGUUCAAGCGUCUGAAGGAGGAGGGUUUGAAUUGCAUCCCAAUAGAACCAGCUCGGCGUGUUGACCGAAGUGAGUUUGCAGAUCUGAAACAAUUUCCUAGGCACCUUCAUUUGGACACUGAGCCAUCAGCAAAGUCUGGGAGUUAUCAUUCCUCGACAAGGCUUAAUGAUAGGGAACCUCACGGUUUUUCUGUACAUGCAUUAUCGAGGCCUCUAGACAAGGCACCCCAUGGAUUAAACUAUGAACCCGGAUUGAAGUUAGAUACAGGUGCUGGUGAUGCUCCUAGAUUCUUGCCUUCAUGUCAUCCUGGUGGUUCGAAUGACGCCGGAGAUAGAGCACAACCAGUGGGUCCUGAUGGUAUUGGUAGAGCUGAUUCUACACGUACUCAUCCCGAUUUUCCUAGACCAAUUCCUGGAUUUGGUCAGCAUCAUAUGGAUCGGUCAACUCCUAGGAGCCCGGGUAGAGAAUAUCCUGGUUUUUCAACUCAUGAUUUUGGACGUCUUUCUGGUUUCCCACGUAACCAGUCAUGCUUGGAUGAUUUUGAGGACCGUGAAUCACGUCCAUAUGGUGAAGGACCCAGAUCCUUCAAUUUGCCUUCCGGCUCAGCUGGCAACUCAUUUCCUGAAAGUAGGUUUCCUCCGUUGCCUGAUCACUUGCUAAGAGUCGAGCUUGAUAGGCCAGGGAAUGUGCGAAUAAAUGAUUUAGAUAUUCUCCCUAGCCAUGUAAGGAGGGGUGAAUUUUGUGGCUCUUGGAACUUACCUGGUGAUUUGCGUUUUGGUGAACCUGCUGGUUUUGGUGCUUUUCCUGGUCAUGGGCGUGCAGGGUACGUGCCUGGUCCUGGAAACCCCCCCCACCAGCUACCUCUUGGCGAACCAUUUGGAGGAAACAAGUCAGGCCAUCCACGUCUUGGUGAGCCUGGAUUUAGGAGUGGUUAUUCCCUCGCUGGUGUCAUGGAUCCUUUUGACAACUCAAGGAAGCGGAAGCCUGCAAGCAUGGGGUGGUGCCGAAUUUGUGAAAUUGACUGUGAAACAGUGGAAGGGUUAGACGUGCAUUCACAAACAAGGGAUCACCAAAAGGUGGCUAUGAAUAUUGUUCGAAGCAUAAAGCAGCAGAAUGCAAAGAAGCAGAGAACUUCCAAUGAUCAUUCUUCACUUGAGGAGGCAAGCAAGUCAAGAGAUUCCAGUUAUGGAGUUCGUGGCAACAGGCCUUGACUCAUUGUGGCAUGCUGCAAGAUGGACUGAAGCAGGCUCACCUUGACAUGGGAUUGAAGUUCUGUCUCGGUUGCUGCUCUUUUAGUGGAGAUGGUAUUUUGGAACUGAAGUUUCAGUUGCAACGACAAAAGGCUGAAAGUUCUGCAGAAAGUUUUACUCGCAAAUUUUUUGUAUGUGUUAUCAGAGGCGUGAGUAAGCGCUUGCCUAAGCGCUAAGUGAGGCGAGGCGACGAUGUAGCGCUUCAGACUCACUGAGGCAAGGCGAAAUGGUGAGGCGAAGUCGAAGCGCAUGAGGCGAGGCUUAGGCGACGAAGCGAGAGGCAAUUCGAAGCGACGUUUCAUUAAUUUCGGUCUGAUUUCAGUUCGACAGAUCUGGGCCUUUCAUUUGGAUGACUUUUGUGCUAAUUGUGGACAUGCGAUGCACUUUAUGAUUGCUUUCUUCUUCAUAUGUCGACUUCCUCUCAGUCGAAACCCUAAGUCGAUUUCCUCUCAGUCGAAACCCUAAGUCGAUUUCCUCUCAGUCGACAUUUGCUUCAAAUGACUGACUGACUACCUGCGGCUGCUUCUUCCUUCUUCGGACAAAGAACUCAUCUGCUGCAUCUCCUUUGUUGCAAAAUGUUGGGAUUAGUGUUGAAGCUUCGAGGUAGGCUUUGUUUUGUUGGAUGACAAUCUUGGACUUCAAACAGUGCUCCUUCGUUGUAUUUUAAUCAGGUUUGCAAUAUUUUCUGUGUUGUGAGCUUUGACUUGCAUCAUUCGUUAACUUCAA